AUCUUCCGUCGCCGAAUUGGACUGCUCUCGGGGUCGACAUCGCCGCCUGCUUCUCUUCUUCCUCUUGCGGCUGCUUGCGGUCUCCUCUUCUCAGCGAAACCCUAGCCGAAUUUUCUCUGCUCCUGUGCGGAUGGAUUUUCCACCGAGCAAAGUGGUUGCAGAUGCUGUGGAAGCUUCUCAUGCUGCUGCCGUUGCGGCCUCGGAGGCUAGAUGCGCGGUAUUUGUUGCUGAGAAGGAGGCCAAGGCUGCGGUUCAGUUCGCCGCCAUUGCCGUGGACAAGGUUGAAGCAGUUAAGGCCUCAUCGAAUGUGGAUCUUGUCGACUUCAAGUAUCAUGUGAACAUAAAGAAUUCGUUGAGAUAUGCUAUUCAAGAAAUGAGGAGGCAAUCUAAACUGUUGCAUUCGGUUCAAAAAUUGUGUUCGACUAUUCCAGAGGUACAAGGUGGCAAGAUAGGAAAGGUUCGCGGGCAUCUAGAACAUGUGUGCAAGGAGCUAGACAAAACUUCAAUUGUCUGUGAAGAAGAUUUAGAAACUAAGAAUCCAACUUGGGAUCUUUACGACAACCCUUCCGUAGAUGAUGAACAUCCUCUAGAUGAUGAUGAACUUGGUGAUGGCUACAGUACAGAAGGUCCAGAGCUAUGGGAAAUGGUUUUUGAAGACUUCAAGUGGGAAGAGAUUAAAGCUAAUGUCUCAUUCGAAGAGCACUAUCGUGUGAUAAACUACAGGUUCGAAGAGAUAAACGACCGUAACAUGUAGUUGUGGACAUGAGGUUGCCUUUGGUGGGUUGGUUUCAUUUUGGUGUCAUUUUGGUCUGUCUGGGAUAUAUUUUGGAAGGACGGAACUGAUAUUUGUUGUAUGAACUAGUAUCUGUUGUAUGAACCCUAGUGUUUGUUGUCGUGUUCAGACAAGAUGAAUGGCGUUUGUAAGAACAUUAGUGUUAUCUGUUUUCUGUGUUGUGGAGAUGAGGUUGUAAGAACUAAUGGCUCAGU